CGUUGCAUUAGCAGUUCGAGUCUUCUAAUAAUCACUCUAUUGCGGCAUUGCAUUUUCAGUUGUUAAUUUAAUGUUACGUUUUACAAUCGAGGUGUAGACACGUAUAACGCCACAUAGAUGAGAUAUAUUCAGUGAAGAAGUGGAACUUUUCUAACUAAUUUUCCUAUUUGUAAAAUGUCGGUAUAAAAUGUAGGCCUACUGUAAAUGACAGUCUGCUCUAAAUGCAUAUGUUUGCCACACCUAAAAUAUUUUAAUGGACAUAAUGUAUUCCAUUCAUGGACAGUUUUCAGUUUGUGCUUGAUGUUGAAAAGCUCAAGCAUCUACUCAACUGCGUCUACUAGCGGAGUGGAGACAAGAAAGCAAAUCAGUCUCAAAAUGGAUGCGGGGUGACAUAAGUUUCUGUUUCUUUUUUGGAAGCACUACUUUACGUUGAGUUAAUAUUACAUUACUCGGUGAAUAUAUAUAUAUAUAUAUGCUAUUUGUGACAUAUCUGAGUAUAGUGUCAGAAAAAUUCACAAAAUAUCGAAGUGUGUUCUAAUCGCGACGUUUUUUCUUUUUCGUACUUCUUCCUGGUUGCAACGUAUGUGGAAACUUGCCUUUGGCACAAAGACUUCGCCAAAUAAUUCAUAUGGAUUGGCUACAUUUUUCUCGGAAUAGACGAAUUAAAAGUAUCGGAAUGUCAAUGGAAGACGGAGGUGGUCUGCGAAUGUCAAGAGGAGAAAAAGGCACAAACUGAUUUCAUACGUUUUUUUCAACCAUGGAAAUCGAGAAUGGUGCCGCAAGAGGUGUUUUGUUACCUGUACUACCAGGUUCUGAGCCCUUCGACAACAGUAUUCUGCCUCCACUGCAGAACAUGUACAUGUAUGAGGAGUCCAAGCAGUCUUUCAGAUACAACUCUGCUUUCUUGAUAAAGAAUACCACCCUGCAAGAACGGUAUGAGGCCUUCCGAACUGGAAGGAGAGGCAUGGGAUACUCAGAGGAAGAACUGGAGGAGUCCUAUGGGUUCUUACUGUUUGACGACAAAAAUAAGGCAAAUAAACUGGGAGAAACUGGUGUAAUCCCUGGUCACAGUACAUGCUCAACGCUUGGAGAUCCUUCAAAGGGUGUGUACGUGUCCAAGUACUCCGACUGCCUGGACCUAAACCGCUGGUACCACGGGAAGUCUGGAUACAUCGCCAUCAUCAGACUCACCAAGGGCAGAGUGAGAGAUGUGACAGAGAACUACACAGUAAACUACACCCCUCCCUCUAAUGGGUUUGACUGUCAUGUAUCAGAGCAGCUCAGUGCUGUGUCAGCCAACACCAGCUCCUUCCUGGCCUUUGAGAGAACACAGUACUACAUGUACGAGCUGCCUGGUGGAGGGGCUGACUCAACAGUCCAGCCUCCAAGCCAUGCCUGCCCAUUCGCUAUAGUGGCUUUUUCCUAUUGGGAUACCAAGACCCCUGCAUCAGAGGACCAAGAGAAGAGCGAGGAAGAAAAAACAGUGUUUCACUACUACCCCUGGAGGGGUCAGCUCCAAAUCAGCUCCCAGGUCUACCAUGUGGGUCUGAAGUCCAGCACUGGACCCCUGAUUCCAGCUAAACUUCCAACAGUAAUGGCAGUUGACGGAGCCAUUAAAAUGUCAGAUCUAAGGCAGAAAUUACCAAAGGCUAUGUUUGAAACCUGCUUCAUCGGUGAAGUUUCUCUGGAAGGAAUGGGUUGGAGUCUGUAUGAGCUGGCACCCAGUGAGGCUGAGGACACCUCUCUCUCUCAGCUCACACAGGAGCUCAAGGAGAAAGACCUGGCCCUCGUAAUACAACUGAAUGAUAGUGGUUUCCUUAUACUGUUACAUUCAUCUCACUUCCUCACAUAUGAAGAUGCUGGGUCCAAUAAGCCAGAGGUAUUGCAGGGGAUGUUUGUGUUUCCGGAUUCCAGAGCUAUACAGCGAGACACCAAGAUCUGCUCGAAGAAUCCCUCCCUCUCACCAGAGGGCCUCCAGGUGGUGCCUGCACUGAACUACGCAGAGACAGAGGUGGAAAAGUGCCUCCCUGAACAGAGUGGGGAGCUACGUGGUUUACUAGAGCAGCAUAUCCAGAGUUACGCUGCCCUCAUCCACCCUGGGCUUACUAUCAGUCCAUCCAGGGAAGCCAGCAUCUUCCCAGAUCAGUUUGAUGUUCCUGACGCCCUCAAAUAUCUCUACUCCACCCCAAAGUGGACUGAAAUGGGAUGGAAAUGUCUCAAGUCUUACUUCCACCAGCCGGACUCCUUCGAGCUCUCUGUAUCCAGGGCCACGGAGCUCCUGGCGGCUGGACGAGAGGAGCGAGGGGAUGAGCCAGAUGAUGACAUCUACUACUGUCUGUCAUCUCCAGAAGGCCCCCCCAUGACUCCUGCUAGUCUGGGUGGCCCAGAGGAGGAGCAGUCAGGGGGACAGUCACCAGGAGACACAGCUGACACAGCCACAUACAUAAGUAAUGCACCGGCAGUAUUUACAGAGGACUUUGAGAAACCUGGUAUGACCAAGGCAGACAGUAAUGCACCAAAUAAAAGAGUAGAGGAAGAGAAGACCUUGUCUUCAAAGGAGGUGCAAGAUGUGCAACCCGAGGAGGUGCAGGAGGAAGUGCCCUCUGAUCUUACCAAGCCUGCCAUCCCAGCAGGAGACUUUGGGAAACCUGUCUUGAAGAAGGCUGACAGUAAUGCACCAGGGACAACUUUGAUUCCAAAAGAGGUGCAGAAGGAGCUUCCCUAUGAUAUUUCCCAGCCUGUUGUGUUGGCAGAUAAUUCUGGGAAGCCUGGGAAGAACAAGGCCGUACCAGGGGUAGGAGUAGAGGAUGAAGGGACACAUUUGAACGCAGAGGAAGUCCAAGUGGAUAGGCAAAAGGAGGUGAAAGAGGAUAUGCUUUCUGAUCUUUCACAGCCUGCAGAAAACUUGAGGAAAGCUGGCCCAGCAGCGUUGGGUAAGGCAGACUGUAAAGCACCAGAGGUAGGAGUAGCGAAUGAAGGGACAAACUUGCACCUGAAAGAGGUGCAAAAGGAUAUGCCCUCUGGUCUUUCACAGCCUGCAGUCUCUCAAGAGGAAUUGAAGAAACCUGGGCCGGCCCUGGCAACCAAGCCCAACAUUAAAGCAGUAGAGACAGGAGUAGAGGAUAAAGGGGGGGAUUUGCCUAAGAAGGAGGUGCAAGAGGAGGUUCCAUGUGAUCUUUCCCAGUUUGCAGUGUCGGCAAAUGUUUUUGCAAUAGCCGGUAUGACAGUGAUGACCAAGGCCACAGAGGUGACAGAGGUUUCAACCUCACCUGCAUCAGGUGACCUCCCAACAGUGCUAGUCAUCACUGCCACUGAAGGAACUGCAACCGUUGUACCUCAUAAUGAGAACUUUGGCUUGAUCAAUACAGAGUCGAUCACAAAGAACUCCUCCAGUUUGCCACCAGCCAAAGUACAGGAGAGGGGUGGAAGUGCUCUCAAUGGGCAACGUAGCAAGGCCAAUGAGGUCAAUAAUUUAUCUACAUCAGAUUGGAGGAAACGGCCAAGGAAACGGCGUAGAUUUAGCGGGUUGGGUAAACGGGUCUUGAGGUCUUCGGCAGCUGACUUUGAAGAGGAAGAAACUGAGAAGGGAUGUUUGGAUUCAAGUAAAGUCUAUUCAUUGAAAAAGAGGAAGGAAAUGACAGAUUUAGUUCAACUUAACCCAUGGAAAAAGAAGGAAAGGAUGGAUGUAACCCAGGUUCGUCCAUUGAAAAUGCAGAGGGAACUGAUGAAUUUGAUCCAAGAUCUGCCUUUGAAAAAGAAGAAGGAAAGCAAGGAUUCAAUGAACUUUUACCCAUUCAAAAGAAAGGAAAGUGUGGAUCUAAUUCACGAUGGCCACCCAUUGAAAAAGAAGACAGAUCGGUGGGACUUGAAGGCAAUCAUCUCCGAAUGCGGUAGAAUCUUUGUCCCUCAUGGUUCUGAAGUUAUCGCCAAGGAUAUAGAAUCUUUGAAAGUUAUGGGGAAAGUGAUAGAUCACAAACAAUGUGCUGAUGAGAUGAUGGUUGAAGCUUGUAUCAAAGUACCCCAACCCAUAGAAACAGGAGAUGAACCUGGCCUAGAGUUGAUAAAGUCAGAUGAAAACAAAGAUCCGCACAUAUGGAGUUCAGACAGUAAAGACCAUCCACCAGAGGUCAAAAUGGCUGAUGUAGACAAGAUGGCCUCUCAGAAAUCCUCAGAACUGGUCCAGAACAAAGACAUGGAUUUUCCUUCCUUAGAAAAACACAAAAAGAAUAGUCAAUUUGUUGCAAUAUCCCUCAGUAAACUAAAGACAGUUUUUUCAAGAAGGGGAAAGAAGAAAACACCUCUCAAACCUGUUUCAGAAGAUCAAAUGUUAGCAUUGGACAAAAAAAGCAAGGCCGAUGCUGGCAUGGAAAGUGUUAAUUUCAGUCAUUCCUGCAAAGAUACCCCGGACAGAACCACAGGUGCUGCUGAAGUUGCAAAGGAACAGACAUUUGGCCUAGACCCAAAGUUUGCACUAGCAUUAGGCUUGACUCCUAGGGAGUUGCAUAAUAAUGCACCCAAAUCUCCAGAAAAAAGUGAUAUUCCACUGAAGCAAGACAUUCAGAGCAGACUGGACCUGGUUACACCUCAAGCCACAUCUGACCAAAUGUCUGAGGCUUUGCCUAGCUCCCCUUCAGCAACAAUAACCUUAACGGGUCGGGGGAGCCCAUUACAAAUGAAAUGCAAGCCUGCAGACUCCAUAAGGAAAAAAUGGUGGUUGCACUAUCACACACCAACUUCUUUUGAAAAAGAGAAAGUAGCACAACCUAUAUCCUCCCAACUACUGACACUUAACCCUGAUGCCAGGCGUGUUGUCAGUAGGGGUAGGCCUCGCACAGUGAAGAAAGAUACCAGUGAUGCAUCAUGCCCACCAGCAGAUGCUUUGACCCUAUUGGCCGAUUUGGCCCUUAGUACCAGUAACGACAAAGUACUGGAACAGCAGCCAGACCACCUGGCACUUCAGCAACAAGAAUGCUGUCCAAGUUUGCUUAUAAGUGACAACAGUGUCAAAGAUGGCGGCUCUCCUCAUGAGUCAGAUGGUGAACCAGAGUCUGUCCUUCAUGCACUGCUGAAGCACCCUUCUGUUGCUAGGCUUAAACUUCCCCCUCAGUCUCCGUCACCCAAGGGGCUGGUGGUGGGGAGUGGGGAGCGGGUUGUGUUAGUCUCACAAGAGCAUUCUUACUCACUACCGCCAUCCUCCUCUCUACUAUUGGGUUUGUCAGGUUCAACCCUCCAAGUCCCCAUUUCGGAGGGACUUCAGCCGCAUCGCAAGGAUAUGGUCUAUGGUGACGGAACUCAAGCACUACGGGCCUUCCUGUGUCAGGAGCAGGACCAGAACAGGAAGGAACUCGGGAAGGAAUCCGGGGUGGCUCCAGAAUCCAUGAGAAAAGGAAUUGGGCGCAGGCAGAAGUUCCGUCGGUUACGGCGGUUCAUCGAAAAAGACCGCUCAGUUCAAGUGACAAGGCUGUGGAAGGAAAACUAUGACUUUAAUUCAGACAGCAAGUUUACCAACGACCCUAUGGAUAAAACAGUUAUUAGAGCCCUGCAUGGCCCAUGGGAUUUCAACAUUGAGGACACAAACGAACAGGUUCAGCUCAUCAUCCACAUGUGGAUAGGUCUUUUCUACAGCAGGUCCACUGCUAGGUUCUUCCAGGCAGACCCAAGUCUUCUAUGUAUGGAGGAAAAAGAUUCUACAGAAGUGGAUCAUGGAAUGGUACAAGCCCAGGUUACAUCUGAGACCAAGACAAGUUCCCCUGCUUAUAUUGCCCUUUCCAAGAUCACAGAACCUGAAGUUUUGGACCGUAGUAAUGUGGGUAAAAAAGAAUCACAACCAUUAAGCUUGGAACCUGAGGCAUUGGACCUUUCAGUGAAAACAACCUCGACUGUGUUAGAUUUCACUGUAGACACAAAGGAUUCCCCUGAGUCCAAGCAAAGAAUAGAUUUAAAAAGUCCUUCAGUAUACCAACCAGAAAGUGGACUCCACAAGGAAAUCAUCUCUUUUCACAAACAAAGUACAGGUCUUGAGUUAAAGGUUUACAGAGACCGUGAGGACAGCAUGACGUCAGACAAAACGAGUGAACUGGAUGAUGAUGAAACUAACACCCAUGACAAUGACAGCAAUGGUACCCUCCAAAAUGAUGUGUCCCCUAAAAGAAGAAAUUUGGAAAGUGAUGGAUCGUACAUUCUCUUGUGUGAACAGGCAGCAUGUGUGUACAUUAAUCAAGAAAAGGUCCUGGAGACUCAAAUAAUUGACCGGGGUUUGGAGGGCAAAGCCAAAAAGGAAAUCCAAAAGGAAGAGAGGAGCCAUGAUGGAGAACAAAACAUAGCACGUCAAGAUAACGAUUCAGUCAAAACAAUGUCAUGCACAGAGGUGCUGGGGGAUGGUGACCUUACCAAUAUGGCUGACAGAGUUGAGCGUAAUGCAAGUGAACCCAGAGAUGGGUCUUACGUUGCCGAGUCAAAAAUGCACAAAGCAUAUCCUAGCGUGGAGGAUUCUGUUGAAGCAGCAAAACCAGAAGCAGUGCAUGUUGGGAAAGACACCACAAACAAGGAAAUCAAUGCACAACCUGCUGGGAAUGAUUCCAUUGGUAAGGCACUCAAAGCAAUGCAUGAUGAAAAGAUUCCCAAAGAUGUGUCACGGGUUGAUGGGAACUCCAAAAAUAAGGUGCAAACGGCAUUGCAGGAAGGGAAUGAUAAUGGUGAUGAGGCACAAACGGCAUUGCAGGAAGGGAAUGAUAAUGGUGAUGAGGCACAAACGGCAUUGCAGGAAGGGAAUGAUAAUGGUGAUGAGGCACAAACGGAAUUGCAGGAAGGGAAUGAUAAUGGUGAUGAGGCGCAAACGGCAUUGCAGGAAGGGAAUGAUAAUGGUGAUGAGGCGCAAACGGCAUUGCAGGAAGGGAAUGAUAAUGGUGAUGAGGCGCAAACGGCAUUGCAGGAAGGGAAUGAUAAUGGUGAUGAGGCGCAAACGGCAUUGCAGGAAGGGAAUGAUAAUGGUGAUGAGGCGCAAACGGCAUUGCAGGAAGGGAAUGAUAAUAGUGAUGAGGCGCAAACUGCAUUGCAGGAAGGGAAUGAUAAUGGUGAUGAGGCACUACCAGCGGUGAAUUAUGAAAAAGAGUCAGGAGAUGAAGCAGCACCUGCAGUAUGUGGUGGGAAUAAUUCUGUGGCUGAAACACCACCAGAGAUAUCACAUAAUGAAAAUGAUUCCCAAAAAGAGACACCGUCAGUGGUGCAUGGUGGAAAUGAUUCGACACUACCUGUGAAAUUGUAUAGCAAGCUGUAUAUAGACGAAGAACCCACCGAUGAGGUACAACCAAUGGAACAGGUUGGGAAUGUUUCUGUUGGCACCACUAGAGUACUGCUAGAGAUGCAGGUUGAGAUUAAAUCUAACGAUGAGGUACUGACCACGAGAGUAUUUCCACUGUGUGAUGGGAACACGCCUUUUGUAGGUGAGUUCGACACACCCAUUCAGUCCAAGGAUGUUUCAGCAGAAGCUAAAACAACAGCAGUUGAGACCGAUUUCAAUGGGAUUAGGGAUUCUAAAGAUCAGAAACGGAUAUCAAUGCCGGGUCAGAGUAAAUCUGAUAUUGACACACAAGGGCCCCGACAUUCUCAAGACGAGACAUCAGAGGUACUGCCAGGCCUGGUAGAAAUACCACUGAUUGGAGCAGGAAUUCCCAGGGAAGAUAUCUCACACACAGAUGUUCUACAUUCACACAGUCAGACAUCAGAGACAGUGCGUGCUCAGAUAGAAAUACCAUUUAUUGGAGUAGAAUUACCAUUCAUUGGAGUAGAGACGGAUAGCAAGGAUAUCAUGCACACAGAGGUGCACGACACACCAAUAUCUUCAGUGUGUCAUAGUGAUAAUUUGUUUUCAGGUGAAAUGUUUAGAAUAGUUGCAAAGGCAACUGAAUCUGUCAGUAGAUGCCCAACCCCUAUCGUGGACGAUGGUUACAUCCCGAUUCCUGACAUCGACAGUGGCUGCUUGGUUAACUGCAAUGCCAGUGGGGUAGGCAAACCCCUCAGCAGAUGCCCAACACCUACACAAGAUGAGCCACCUUUCGUUACAGAAUUGUCUUAUGACCAUCACACACCGAAGACUGUUUUUUUGCCUGAUUCGAAAGACACCAACAGUCCCAACCUCAAUAGUGGUUUUGCUCUUAUUGAAAAUGAAAAGGCUUAUUGUGAACCACAUGAACCAAGUCUUGGUAGCAGCCCUAGCUCUGUAGAGAAUAUGUUGCAUAAAUUGCGUAAAUCCAGCAACAACAAUAGCAAACCAAAUAAUCUGGAAGCCAUUGGUAAUCAGUUCUCUCAAUUAUGGACUGAACCCCGCAAGAAGCCAAUCGCCACUAGCACACCUCUCAACACCCCCUAUACUUCUUCAAAGGACAAAAACGAUUACAGUCCUUAUUCAAAUAUGCGACUUACCCCUGCUGAACAAGACCUGUAUGCUCUUUCAAGUCACGAUUCACUGCAUAGGUUCCCUGACUCCUAUCCCAAAACCCAUAGCACCUUAACACAGAAAGCAGCAUUCUCUGUGCCAUCAACCCACCUUGAAGUCCUGUCCAAUGACACAACAGAAAGAAUAUUAACUCGGGACUUGAGUGAAAUCGCUUUGGAGGGAGACACUAACUUGUGUCCUGCGUCAACAGAGAUUAUCAUACAGUCCAUCCGUCAGAAUAUCCCAGGAGUAAGUGGACCUACAGCAGCUUCUCAGAACCUUUCAGGGCCCAACUUUACUGAGCCCCAUCCAUACAGCCAACAACUUGCCAUGGCUGUGAAUCUCUCCAAGAGUGAAGGCAGCAGAGGAGAGUACAGCUGGAAAGAAGGACAAACUAAUAUUGACCCUAUGUCUUCAGAUGUUGUCAAAAGCAAACAAACCGCUGCCCCUCUCCACUCAAACACUAAUCCUCACCUGUAUAACACACCAUAUGUCACUGAAAUGAGGAGACAGAUUGCAAGUUUGCAAGAUUAUGUUAUGGAUGAAAGUGAGGAGCCUGCCGUAGAGCAAGACAACCUUGAAUCUAGUCUAGAGACAAAUUGGAUAUCAGAUGACCAACACGCAAGUAAUACAUCCCAGUUGAAUAAAACAAAACUUGACUUCAUCAACUCUUUACGCGAGUAUCAGCAAUGGGAUAAAAGGGAAUUUGAUGAUGUUUUGGACUUCAGCAAGCAAGGCACUUCCUCUUCAGUCACCUUCCAGUCUGAAGAAUCAGACAAAAUAUUUACCCAUAUGGAAGAGAACAAACAGGACUGGUUAAAGUAUUGUAGGUCAGAGAGGAGUGGGAACACCUCCAAAAGCCAAAUCGAUUUGGACGAUGAGCACGAGGAAGUUUCCUCAUUUGCAAAGCCAUGCCUAGUUACAGUUUUGGAUCACAAAGGAAACAGAAUCACCUAUGAAAACUAUCCCGUUCUGAAACCUUCAACAAGCACGCACACAUGGACAGCUCCGAACUCAAACAGACAGGGCUCGAGCAGUUUUCUGGAGUUCUCCAAGAGGUGGGAUGAUACACAUAACACUGAUGAAUCUGACCUCACUCAGUCUUCUGUGGAUCUGGAGACCCUCAUCUUCUCACAGAGAAUGAACCAGAUGCUAAAACGUAAAAGGAAGAGUAGCAGCAGCAGGUACAACCGAUCAAAACACCACAGGUCAACUGUAGAAGAAAGAGCUUCCUCCUGUAGCCCGGCUGUGACAGUGCACUUUUCCAGCCUGCAGGAACAGGAAAGCUCGGAAGAACACUGGGAGGGACUACCUUCACUCGCAGGGCAGAAGUUAAAAAUAGAUAUGCCUGAAAGGAAGGGUAUGCCUGAAGAAACAGACAGAGAUAUGCCACAGCAUCUUCAAAAACUCUCCUAUACAAAGGGCAGUGAGAUGACGCAUGUCAACGUUUCAGAUCUGGUUGCGGAAAGUUUCAAGGCGUACCAUGCCAUGAUGACUGAGGUCUGUGCAGGCAGAAAGUACCCACACAGAACUGAGAGACUCAAGAGAGAAGCAGCAAAGAGAAACAGUUUGCCAAAGUCUCGAGCCCCAAGCAAAGACAAAGACUUCUGUGGUCAGAUGAAGAAGGACAUGUAUGACAGCCUGCAUGAUAAUCUGAACUCUGUUGUGAAACAGUCAUGUAAGAACAAGUUCAGGUUCUACAUACUGGUGACAUCAGAUGACCCAUUCUUCAACGAGACAAAGGAGCUGUUAGAAGCAGAGGGACACAUAACAGUAGAACAGUCUCAAUUCUGCCUUGGAAAGGAUAGUCCCUCAUCCCCUCUAUACAUUAUCUUGAGGAACGAAGAUAUUGCUGAACACAUUUGUGAGGUCCCGCACUUGCUUGAAUUGAAGAAGUCUCAGAAUGUGUUGUUUGCUGGUAUUGACCGUCCUGAUGACAUUGUGAACCUGACCCACCAAGAACUCUUCAGCAAAGGCGGUUUUGUGGUGUUUGAGGGAGCAGCACUGGACACACUCAGUCUCAGCAACAUUAAGAAAAUGUCUGGUUUCCUUGAGGGGCUAAGUAAAAAGGGGAAGUGGAAAUGGCUCUUGCAUUACAAAGACAGCCGGAAGUUGAAAGAGAGCGCACGGUCUAGUGCUGAGGCACAGGGUAAAAAAAGCUUCAUGGACAACUGCCAGGAGGCUGGAAUGGUGGAGGUCUUACCCUACCAUGAAUGUGACGUCAUUUCAAGGACACGACCCAACUACCUCCACUGUCUAGUCCGCCUGCAGGUCCAGAACGUAUCAGCUCGUCUACCUGUAUUUAUAACUGACACAACGGCAGACAAAGCGUUUGCAAAACAUGGGAUAUUCACAAUGAAUAUUAACUCCUUCUUGCUGAUUUCUCAGAGUGACACUUGCACUAUUUCUUAAACUGACAGGGAAGCCUGACAGAAGUCUUCAGUACAAUCAAUCAAAUUUGAUUUAUAAAGCCCUUUUUAUACUGAACAAAAAUAUAAAAUGUAACAUGCAACAAUUUCAAAGAUUUUACUCGGUUAGAGUUCAUGUAAUGAAAUAAAUUAGGCCCUAAUCUAUGGAUUUCACAUGACUGGGCAGGGGUGCAGCCAUGGGUGGGCCUGAGAGGGCAUAGGCCCACCCGCUUGGAAGCCAGGCCCAGCCAAUGAGAAUUUGUUUUUCCCCACAAAAAGGAUUUAUUACAGACAGAAAUUCAGUGUACAUUAUCAACAGCUGUCACAAAGUGAUUUAAAUUAACCUGACCCAGACUCCAACAAGCAAGCAGAAGAACCGUGGCGAGGGAAACGUUGUAACCUCGCGAAGAACCAGACUCAGAAGGGGACCAGACUCACUCCAAAAUCUGCUUUUUAGGGGGUCAUUGGGAGUUAGACACACUGAUCUAAAUCAUUGUGGUGUAAGAAUAAAAAUAAUUCUCAGUAAGUUAUGUUUAUAGCAAGGCUUUGUGUAUUGCUGUUUUAGUCUUUUUUUUUUUGGUUCCUUAGUGUAAAUCAAAUUGUGUAGAUUUAUUUAUUCUUAAUAAUUUUCUAUGACAGGUAGGUUCUGUAUAGAUUAACGAUGACAUCUGCUUCAAUGCAGAGCUAUGUGUUAGUGUAUUUAUUUGUAUGUUUGUAAAUACAUUUAUUGCACCUUUGCGAUAAAGAAAUUGA